GGAUUUUGAGCGGAGAGCUUGUGACACUUGCGCAGGUGUCGGCGUCGCAGGUCCAGCUCAUUGCAACCAGAUAAGACAUUCCGAUGGGGAACGUCGAAUCCAUCCAUGGCGAUGAUGUCGGUGCUCACCAAGAUACAGCUGGCAAGAACGAAGACGUCAUUGACAACGGACUCGAGGAGCUCGAACAACUGCGAGAAGGAUUCCGACGGGUGACAUCACUCAGCAGAAAUGCCCGACGGCAGCAAGGCAUGGACAAGGAUACGUUUCGAAACAUGGUUCUGCAGGCAUUUCCUCGUAUGCCCAAGACGUUGGGGGAGCGACUCUUCGACGUGCUCAAUACAGAAAGGUCGGGGCUUCUCCAAUGGAGCGAGCUGCUGUCCGGGUUGGACCUGACACAAAACGUGCAUGGGAACAAAGCGCUGUUGGUCGAAAAUCAGUGCAAGCUCUUGUUUGACGUGUACGAUCUCAGCGAGUCCGGGUUGCUGCAGCGCGACAUACUGGAUCGAUUCACGAACGUCAUCUACGGCGUUCGCGGGAUUGCCGGCGCAGACGAGGCCUUGAGCGCCCUUUUUGACAAGCCUUCGAAAGUUUCCGCGAUAGGUUACGCCGACUUCUCCAAGGCGUACCUGGCAAAAACACCCGCCUUCCUCUUCACGUGGCUCGAGAAGUUGGCGCGCCACGUGGGCAGGAAACCCCAUCCCGCGAUACUGGACAUUCAGGACCGGUACAACGUCGUGCGUGUGCGCGAACGAAUCGAACGCAGCACGCUAUUGACUCUCGAGGAAAUUUGCAGUCUCGAAAAAUGGUUUCAACGGUCGCUCAAGGGCCGUCCCAAGCUCGACACGACCGAGUUUCUCGUUGACAAUUUGGAACGCUUCGUGUCUCGGCCAUUCUGCGACCUCCUGGCCACCUUUCUCGGGAAGACACUCGACUUUGUCGGAUUUUGCACUCUGCUGUCCAAGUUUUCCCGGGGCGACGACGCCGCCAAACGCUUAUUUGUUUUCCAAGUCGCCCAGACGGAUGGGCAGAUCCCCCAAGACAGAGCGGUGUUGCUCGAGAAGUCUCUGUCGUCGGCGGCGCCCGAUGUAACACUGUAGGACGAUGGUUGAGUGGCAUUUACGACCUCUUCGUAGGCUGCGGCAGUGCUGACCUCGCAUGGGGCUGUCUUUGCCAAUCUGACAGAAUCCCAGUUUGUCGGCCUCUCCCUGGCGGGUCUCGACCAGCUUCUAGAUCAAAUGACUAUCGCGGCAUGCUGCCAAUUCGAUUGCUGCUUGAAGCCGCAAGACCCUCGCGUAGAGAACAAGAUCGUCCAAGCCCGGUGGCUAGAGUACCAGCAUCCGCAUCCGUCGCAUGUGUGGUACCUCGUUGAAUCAUCGUGGUGGUACAAGUGGUGCAGCUAUACCCUGUUUCCCCACUUGAACGGAAGCAAAGGCGGCAACUUGGCAUUCCCGACGCUUGCCCUCGACAUCGUCCAGCAGUCAGGGCUGCACCUGCCAGUCGACCGCACAAACGGCGGCAACCCUCGGCCGGGGCCAAUGAAGAACUGGAGUCUACAGUACCGACACGGCAGUCGGCGGCUCAAGCUCGACAUGGUCGUGGGACAGCACUUUCACUUGGUCCCAGAGCCCGUGUACACUACACUUGGACACUGGUACGGCGGUGGCCCACCGUUCGGCCGAACGUACCUGCCGUCGAUGGAGCUAGAGCUCUAUCCACUCGUCCUUCGGGUCGGCCGGACAGACUCUCGUGGAGACGUCACGGUGAGUGGGGAAGAGGUCGUCGUGGGUCGAUUCAGUCGCGCCCGCGCGAUUCUUCAAGACUGCUGCCAUGUGUUGAUCGUUCGCGACAAAAAGACCCGGCUGUGGUGCACAACGUCCGUGUCCAAGGUGUUGAUGCCGGACGACGCGCUUCCUUUCGAUCAGCUUACUCAAGACUCGAUCUUGAUUGUCGAACUCCAAGACUCGGAUGGGUCGUGGCCGCUGUCGCAGUCGGAGGGUGCACCGGUCUCGCCGAGAGCAGACUUUGUCAGGCCGCCGUCAACGUCGUAUGGGCUCGUUGGUCUAGACAACCUAGGCAACACGUGCUACAUGAGCAGUGCGAUUCAAUGUUUGAGCCAUUCGCGGCUCCUUUGCGACUACUUUCGAAGUGGCCACUUCCGCUACGAUUUGAACGUGACCAACAAACUCGGGACGCAGGGCAAACUCGCGGUCGCGUUUGGAAACCUGCUCAACGUCCUGUGGAGCACGACCAAGAAGAGCAUCGCCCCCGUGCAAUUUCGAAACGCGCUGGCCAAAUUCAACCAGCAUUUUGACAACGACGACCAGCACGACGCUCAGGAGCUUUUGGCGUUCCUGCUCAGUGGAUUGAGCGAAGACCUGAAUCGCGUCAAGGAGCCACCGGCCCCCGUGGAGCAGCCAGACAGUGCCGGUCGAUGCGAUUCGGUCGUCGCCGACCAGUGGUGGCAAAAUUACCUUCGUCGCGAAGUCUCGAUCGUCGUCGCACUCUUCAUGGGCCAGUACAAGUCCCUCUUGAGCUGCAACACGUGCUACUUCAAAUCUGCGUCGUUCGAGCCGUUUACUCUGCUCCAGUUGCCUCUGCGAGAGAGCGACAUGUUUCCGCUUGUGCUCACGGUCGUGUUCCCCUGCGGUCGCGAACCUCUGCGCUGUACGCUCGAUCUGAGGCGAGACGGAGUCGUGGCCGAUAUCAAGCGAGCGAUUCGCCACCUCCUGAGCUUGUCGAACUCGACCGCUAUCAUGGUGGUUUGCAUCAACAACCAGGACCAUACGAUUCAAUCCGUGUACUCGGAUCUGUUCAAGCUGAGCCAAAUUAAAGAACAGGAGCACGUGAUUGUGUACGAAUUGGAAGUCGAGAAGGUCGCAGACGCGCCAGAGUCGUUGGACACGCGGCUGCAUGUUGGCGACGCAGUCGGCGUCCAGAACGAUCGAAGUGCCGUGCCGACGCACGCGCGGAUCACGGCCUGCAACGACAACGGCACGUACGACAUUACGUUUUGGUCGGGACGCGCUGAUUUUGGGUACUCUCGAACGCGCCUCAUUCACUACGGAGGUUGCCAAGUCUUCCUCUACUUUGUCCACCGACGGAUGGAGAAUGCCACCGUGUACUUUACCGAUCCGAACGUUCUCCGGCUAUUUGGGACGCCGUUGAUCGUGUCCAUCGUGCCGCAGCGCACGACCGGAUAUCAGCUUUACACGUAUAUCUGGCGUCGGCUUCGGCGUAUUUUUCACUGGACGAGACUGCCGGACCCAGCUCAAAUCCAUCGCGUCAUGACGCCCAUGCCUAGCGACGUGGCAACGGUGGCGCUCGGCAAGCACUUAGAGUUCACGCGGUUUGGCUUUUGCCUUCGCUUGGUCACGAUGGACGGAAUGGCGUGCUCGCGGUGUUCGUGGUUGAGUGGGUGUCGGGGGUGUUUGGUCAGUAGCCACCCCGACUCGUUGCUCCAAGUGUGUGGUCGCGAAACAAUCGCAAUCGAUUGGGAUAUUCAAACGAUGGCCGAGGACUACGAUGCCACCGAAGCGAGCAAAGUGCAGGUGCACGAUUCGUUUGAGCAAAACCAACCCAAGGUCGAAGCCGUGCUGAGUCUCCAUUCGUGCUUGAAGGACUUUACGGCCAGCGAAUUGCUCGACGAAGCAUACUGCAGUCAAUGUAAAUCGCUGAAGCCAGCGUCCAAGAAGAUGGACCUCUGGCGCGUGCCCCCGCUGCUUGUGAUCCAGCUCAAGCGCUUUCACUACACAGCCACGUGCAGAAAGAAGCUCCGAAACUUUGUCCAGUUUCCUUUGAAAGGCCUCGACUUGCAACCGUACUUGGUGCGCACAACGCAAGACGCUGGCCUCAAGUACUGGCAGUUUCUUGGGGGCAAGCUCGCCACCCAAGAGUACCCGGCCGUGUACGACCUGUACGCCGUUGUCAACCACAUUGGCGUCCUCGGCGGCGGCCACUAUGUUGCAACCGUGUUCAGCGAAAGCGACAAGCGAUGGAAGUGCUUCAACGACCAUCUGUGCCGUGACAUUGACGAAAAGGACGUCGUGUCGCCGUCUGCGUACAUUUUGUUUUACAUUCGACGAGACAUGAAGGCGCUGCCCGUGCACGAAGUUUUCCCGGUCAAUAGCGACGCAGCGGGACCUGCACUGAGCGACGACGACCUGGCCGCGCUGCUUCACGAACCCGACGCGUCUCGAUGUGUCAUUAGUUAAUUCCCAACAUCUCCAGUCCAACCGUCGGACUCAAAUAGGUCGUUCCAUGCAUCGUCCGACUCGACUAGCUUACAUCCAAAGCGGUGUUCGACCAGCCCCACAAACAUCCGCACGCCUAGAGGCAGCACGUCGUCGUUAAAGUCGAACGUGUCCGAGUGCAAAUCUCGUCCUUGACUGGCUUCGUUCGAUGACGGCUCGUGGGUGCCCAGGAAAAAGAAGCACCCCGGACGCUCUGCCAAGUAGUACGCAAAGUCCUCGGCCGCCAUCAUGGGUAGGCCGUCCUCAGACACGGUGUCGACGACGGUGGAUGCAACUUCCUGCACCACCUGCGUUUGGAGCGGAGCGUUGACCACGGUGGGGUAGCUCUCCACGAGUGUCACAGUCCCCACUGCGCCGUGCAUGCGGCACGUGCCGUGCACGAUAGCUUCCAUGCGGUUGCGAAGAAUUGCUGCCACAGCCGGGUCGAAGUCGCGCAUGGUGCCACUCAACGUUGCCGUGGACGGAAUCACGUUGGACGUCUCGCCGGCGUGAAACGUCGUGACCGACACCACGGCGCUGGCGUACGGCGACAGACUCCUGCUCACGAUGGUCUGAAGCGCUGUCACGAUUUGCGUGGCCACGAUGAUGGGAUCUAGACACACAUGUGGCGCAGAGCCAUGACCACCUUUUCCAGUGACAGUAAUACAAAACUCUUGCUCGUGGGCCAUAACUGGACCACUGCGAACGUGGAGGUUGCCAAGGGGAAAUGCGUAGUUGUGGUACCCAUACACUUCAUCGACACCGUCAAGACAGCCGCCUUCGAUCAUAGGAACUGCGCCACCCGGCCCUUCUUCUGCCGGUUGAAAGAGAAGUCGAACGAUAGUACCCUGAGGGAGGAUGUCGCGGCGGGCAUACAGAACCACGGCAAGGCCGGCUAAUGUCGCCAUGUGACCGUCGUGGCCGCACAUGUGGGCGCACUGGACAUGCUGGGAACGAUAGGGUAGAUGUGGAUUGUUCUCUGUCAUCGGGAGACCAUCCAUGUCGGCUCGAAAUGCAAUACAAGUCACGGCUGUCGUCGAGGGUGGACCGGUCGACGAAGACGUAAUGUCCACGACUAGUCCCGUUGUAGCACACGGUCGGAUGUGUUCCUCGGGGAUCUUCGCAUGCUCGAUCAAGAACUUCUUCACUCGAUCCUGGGUUUGUGUUUCCUUGAAACCUAGCUCAGGAAAUGCGUGCAGCUCCCGGCGGAAGGCGCGCAAGACAGCGUGCAUCGUCGGGCGACGCUAUGUGUAGGCAAU